GCGGCCUGGGGCCCGGAAGGAAGAAGCAGGCUGAGCCCGGAGAGCUGCCGGCCUCGCUGUGUGGGAUGCGUCGCCCGGUGGCUCGGCUGGCCCUGCUCUGCCUGGGGUUUGGCCUGUGUUCCCUGCUGUACGGCCUGAGCCACCACCGGGACAUCACUGCCAGCCAGCCCGGGGGGAGAGGCGGGCAGCACCCCCAGCACAGGUGUAAGGAAUACUGUGUAUCUUUCUGGAAUCCCUAUUGGAUGCUGCCCACUGAUGUAUGUGGAAAGGACUGCUUUUUCGAAGCUUCUUUUAGAUACAACAUCCAUGCUAAAGUUGCCGCUGAAUCUUUGCACUUAGCCGUUGUGGCCUGUGGGGACCGAUUGGAAGAAACCAUUACAAUGUUGAAAUCUGCUAUUCUUUUUAGCAGAAAGCCUCUUCAGUUUCAUAUUUUUGCAGAAGAUCAGCUGCAGAGUGACUUCAGAGCUAUUCUUGAUAAUUGGGCCUUUCACGGCAAGUUCAAGUAUAUGUUGUACCCAAUUACUUUUCCUUCAGAGAAUGCGGCAGAAUGGAGGAAACUUUUUAAACCCUGUGCUUCACAAAGGCUCUUUUUACCGUUAAUCCUCAAGGAUGUGGACUCUCUGCUCUAUGUAGACACCGAUAUCUUAUUUCUUCGCCCGGUGGAUGAUAUCUGGUCAUUUCUGGGUGAUUUUAACAGUACUCAGAUUGCUGCUAUGGCCCCGGAACACGAAGAACCCCGCAUCGGGUGGUAUAAUCGGUUUUCUAGGCAUCCUUAUCAUGGGGAGACUGGAAUCAAUUCUGGAGUAAUGUUAAUGAAUAUGACUCGAAUUAGAAGAAAAUACUUUAAGAAUGACAUGACAACAGCACGUCUGGUUUGGGAGGAUCUUCUUAUGCCACUGCUUAAAAAAUACAAGUUAAAUAUAACGUGGGGUGACCAGGAUUUGUUAAAUAUUAUUUUUGCCCAAAAUCCAGAAAGCCUUUUUGUCUUCCCUUGCCAAUGGAAUUAUCGUCCCGAUCACUGCAUGUAUGGAAGCAAUUGCCAAGAAGCAAAGGACGGCAUCUUUAUUCUCCAUGGAAACAGAGGGGUGUACCAUGACAACAAACAGCCAUCUUUUAGAGCUGUGUAUGAUGCAAUCCGAAAUUACUCAUUUGGAGAUGACCUUGUCAGUUCUUUGUUGUUUCCGUUACAACUGGAAUUGGAGAAAACAAUGCACACCUACUGUGGCAGGAUACACAAACUAUUCACAAAGCAGUUGACAAAAAGCAUUGAAGAUUUCUAUGCACGGCAAACAAAUGGAAGGUGAUCUCUAAUGGAACGGCUGGACUUUUUAUUUAUUUUUUUGUCAACGCAGUGCGGUUGAACAAUGAACAGAACUUAGAACCGUUCUAUGUCUGCGUUCAGAAGAUGCACUACAUGCUGGGCACGUUUUCAACUGGAAUCUAGUGUGCCAGUUCAACAGAAAUGAAGAAACUGUCUGCGGAUGACCCACCGUGCUUUAACAAUAACUGAUUAAUUUUAUCAUUUAAAGGUGAAAAUCGGUUUUACAGUAAGUAACAAUUAUGUAGCUUGCAUUCAAGCCAAAUUGAGCAUAUUGUAUGAUGCUGUCUUAAAGGAACACUCCAUUGACCUUUUCAUUUUUUUGUUUUAAUAAUUUUUUUAAAACUGUUUACUAGGCAUAUCCCUCCCCCCAAAUAAACAUGCAUAUAUUUUU